GAAAAAAUAAAAGAAAUGAAGCCUCUUCUCUCUCCUUCCUCCUCUUCUGUUCUUAGGAAGGCACGUCUCUCACCUUACUUCUACACCUUGUUAGCUUUCAUUCUCUUCGUUGUCAUUCUUUACUCUGAGGACUUCCUCUGCAGCUUUGGCCAAGGCGAGCUCGUCCCAACGCAACCACCCAUCUCUCAAACAGAGAAGAAACAAGAGACGACGUCGUUGCCAUUCGUGAUAGGGAGAACUGAGGAAGGGUGCGACGUGUUCAGUGGGAGGUGGGUGAGGGACGAGUUCGCUCGCCCUCACUAUGAGGAAUCGGAGUGUCCGUACAUUCAACCGCAGUUGACGUGCCAAGAACAUGGAAGACCUGACAAGGAGUAUCAGAAAUGGAGAUGGCAACCCCAUGGCUGUGACCUUCCCAGUUUUAAUGCCACAUUGAUGCUGGAGGCCUUGAGAGGGAAGAGGAUGAUGUUUGUGGGUGACUCAUUGAACCGGGGUCAGUAUGUUUCAAUGGUCUGCCUCCUCCAUAGAAUUCUCCCUGAGAAUGCAAAAUCCAUGGAAACCUCCCCGGAUCAGUCACUAGUUGUCUUCAGAGCCAAGGAUUAUAAUGCCACCAUUGAAUUCAACUGGGCACCAUUUCUUCUAGAAUCGAAUUCCGAUAAUGCUAUUGUUCACAGGGUGGCUGAGAGGAUGGUUAAGAAAGGCUCCAUCAACAAGCAUGGGAAGAAUUGGAAAGGAGUUGAUGUUUUGGUAUUCAACACCUAUCUGUGGUGGAUGACCGGCCAGAAGAUGAAAUUCUUGAAAGGGUCAUUUGAUGAUGAAAAGAAGGAUAUUGAGGAGCUAACAACUGAGGAAGCUUAUCGGGUGGCCAUGAAAAGCAUGCUGAAAUGGGUGAGGAAGAAUAUGGAUCGAAACAAGACAAGGGUGUUCUUCACUAGCAUGUCACCAUUGCAUAUAAAGAGCACUGAAUGGGGAGGUGAACCUGGUGGCAACUGUUAUAAUGAAACAACUCUAAUUGAAGAUCCUAAUUACUGGGGAUCAGAAAGCAAAAGCGUUAUGCAGGUGAUUGGAGAAGAGUUCAGCAAAUCCAAGUACCCCAUUACGUUCCUCAACAUCACUCAACUCUCAAACUAUCGCAAGGAUGCACACACCUCGAUUUACAAGAAGCAAUGGAGUCCACUGACUCCCGAGCAGCUAGCAAACCCUGUCAGCUAUGCUGAUUGUGUGCAUUGGUGUUUGCCUGGCCUUCAGGAUACCUGGAAUGAGCUUCUAUUCGCCAAGCUAUUUUACCCCUGAGUACAAUAUUGGAUGAUGAAAAAUGUGAAAUCAAAAUCCUCUUUGUAAAUGGUUCGGGCAUUGCCAACACGCAAGCGGCACAUAACUCUUUUUUCCAUUACACGUUUGGGUUCUUGGGAUGGAGACAGAAGGGGAAAGAGGGAGAAAAAGAAGUGGAUUUUUUUUGUAAAAUAAUAGUGAUCGCUACAAAGAAAAUGGUCACUUAAGUGAUUGAAUUGAUUAUUUUGUAAAGUUGAAAUGAAGACUUUACAUUUCCCGUAUAUAGAAAGCACUGGCAUAUGUUGAUAAGAAUAACAAUGCAAUAUCAACACCAUGUAUGAAUUAAAAUUACUAAGAGAAAAAAAUUAAACUUAAACUUUGAAAUUAUCAUUUUUUAAUAUAUAAAAUUCAAAAAUAAAUAAAUUAUUUAACCUCUCGUAUCAUGAUAAAAUGUGUUGUAUCUUAUAAAAGUCUUGCAUUCGAAAUUAAUAUCAAUACAAAAUGUUUUGUAUCUUUCAAAAUUUACAUAUUUAAAAUUAUUGUCAAUGCAAGAUAUGUCAUAUUUCUCGAAUUUUAUGCAUUCGAAAUUAAUAUCGAAAAAGGACCGGUAAGAUCUAAAGCCAAGACCAACCUCUAAUGGGUUACUGACCAGUUAUGUACCAUCCAAAGUAGGGUCCUAGGAGGGUCAUACAAUCUGAUCUGUGUUUCAAACAUACCGUCUGCUUGCUUAUCUUGAAGAUUUUUGUCUCUGAUGCUCAUGGAAGCAUGCCAGCAUUUAUCUGGCUUCAAUAUAAAAUGCAAAAGGCAUAACAAAAACAAAAAGACAAUCGGAAAUAUGGACCUCAGUUUUGCUAAAGAACUUGGUUUUACAGGCUUGAAAUCGAAACCAUCAUCAGAAUCAGUUAUUUGAGCCAUUGCUUACUAGCUUCUAUGGUAAAAUAAAUUGCAGCAGUUCAAAGGAAUGCAUGGCAUCAUUCUGAAAGCUGUAGAUUGAGGUUUCAGAUGGGAAAACAAAUUGAAAUUUCCAAGGAAUGGCAUAAUCUAGGACUACAAAUUAACCUUCUGCUGUUAGUUAUCACAAGUAAAUGCUAAUUAACAAUGGAUAUAAUUGAAGAGAUUACCUGAGAU